AUGGCCCAACCCCAAGAAACUGACGAGCUCCAUCAGGGGCGUGAAGCCAGAGCCCCAGUAGUAGAUGAUGCUAUGAUCGCUACCGGCAUGAAUCCACGUGUGAUAUUCAUACUCGUGUUCCUCGGAUUUGGCUCGACCAGCAUGGGAUAUGCUAGUUCAAUCAUCGCGACAACACUCUCUCAGCCGUCGUGGUACCAGAGCCUGCAUCUAUACACCGCAUCAAGUUCUACGGCGCUUAUCGGCGCUACCAACGCCCUAUUUUAUACCGGAGGCGCCUUUGGGUCACUCUUCAGCGGUUUCAUUGUGCACAAAUAUGGGCGGAAGAAAUGCGCCGCUCUCGCAGCACUUAUUAUUCUUAUUGCUAGUGCUCUUGUGACAGCUUCCCAACACAUCGGCAUGUUCAUCACAUUCAGGUUCUUUCAAGGUUGGGGUUCAUUCCAAAUGCUAUCAACCAUUCCCUUGUGGAUGGCCGAACUGGUUCCGCCCAAGAGAAGGGGUCUGCUAGUGCAGGUUCACCCUGCCAUGAUCAAUUUUGGUUGUACAGCCGCCACUUACACUGGUAUUGGAUUUUAUUACUACAGUGGUGGCGGCGAUAACCGGUGGCGCGGUCCGAUAGGACUUGCCGGAUUAUUCCCUUUCUUGUUCUUGAUCGGACUUUAUUGGAUUCCGGAAUCGCCUCGAUUCCUUAUAUCCAACGGUCGAUCAGAUGAAGCAUGGGAUAUUCUUCGUCGACUUCAUUCAAACCCUAGGGACCCUGAACAUCUUUUUGCAAAGAAAGAGUUGUAUCAGAUCCAUCAACAACUGCAAUUGGACGAUGCACAGUCGGUGGAUUUUAAAUCCGACUACGGUGGUCUCAUUUAUAAAAGCCUUGGAUUCGACAGCGCCGCUGUUCUCCAAAUUCAAGGCGGCUACCAAUUGUGCGGAUGGGUCAUGAAUACCGCCUGCAUGUUCUUUAUAGACAGAUUUCCAAGAAAUAAGUUGAUGUCGUUCGGCUACUUUACCUGUGGGGUCACUGUCGUUAUAGAAGCCGUCCUGCAGAAAUACUAUCUAGGAACGACCAACCAUGCAGGACUAGGCGCGAGCGCCGCAAUGCUCUUUCUGAACGUCAUUUUCUUUGGCCUCUUUGUCGAGGGCGCAGGGUUUUGUUAUGUCGCUGAGAUAUGGCCGACGUACGCUCGUGGAGAGGGAUACGCUCUUGGAAUGUGCACUCUUUGUGUGACGAGCAUCAUUUGGCUACAGUCGUCGCCCACAGCGUUCGACACAAUUGGUUGGAAGUUUUAUAUCAUAUUCAUUGUUUUUGAUGCUCUUGCCAUGGUUGUUGUCUGGUUCUAUCCCGAUACACAAGGGAAGCCUCUCGAAGAAGUGGGCGCAUUGUUUGGGGAUAAAGACACGGUCGCUGUCUUCCAAUCAGAUCUCGAUAACGGCAAGGCCUUACAGUUUCCGGACAUGGGGAACAGUAGCGAGGCGAUGAAAGUUGAUUCGGAUCACAUCGAAAAUGCGAGGAAAGCAGAAUUAGUUUAG